AUGCGAAACCUGCGCAACAUCCGUCACGACCUGUCCAGGGCCGAGUCGGACAUCAGCGCGGCCUGUUGGGAUGCCGGAGCCGACGAGGUCCUGGUCACGUUUGGGCCGACCGAGGCAGAGGCCAGGAUAACGCUCGCGAGGAUCGUGAACCAGCCCGGCUCAGCGACCUUGGAAUACACCCAGAUAGCCUCGUGGGAUGCUCCGAGUCCAACCCCUGACCUUCUGGUAGACCGUGUCGUAAACCUCCACUACUUCAGUGAUAUCUCCACAACCUGUCUCGUACUGGCCGGCGGAGAUGUCGUGAUCGUUCGGGAGGACCGAUCCGGAGGUGAUGGUGCCACGCAUAUCGAGAUCGUCGGGUCCAUCGACGCUGGUAUUGCGGCGGCCCGGUGGUCGUACGACGACGAGCUGCUAGUCCUCGCGACGAAUGCGGCCACAGUCAUCUUUAUGAGCCGCAGCUUCGACCCCGUAACCGAGGUGACCCUGACUGCCGAGGAUCUCAAGGCGUCCAAGCACGUCUCGGUCGGCUGGGGCAAAAAGGAGACGCAGUUCCAAGGCAAGGGAGCCAAGGCCCUGCGCGAUCCUACCAUCCCAGAGAAGGUCGACCAGGGCACGCCAAGCCCGCUCGAGGACGGCCGCACCACCAUCAGCUGGAGGGAGGACGGCGCAUACGUGGCCAUAAAUAGCGUCGAGCCCGGCUCGCGCAGGGUUAUCCGAGUCUACACGCGAGAGGGUGCGCUCGACAGUGCCAGCGAGCCCGUAGAUGGCUUAGAGGGCAGUCUCAGCUGGAGGCCGUCUGGGAAUCUGAUGGCUGGCAUUCAGCGACUGAGCGAUCGCAUCGAUGUCGUUUUCUUUGAGAGGAACGGCCUGAGGCAUGGCCAGUUCACCCUUCGGCUUCCGUCCCUUUCGACCACAGACGUACCGAUACAUCUCGGGUGGAACCCUGAUUCCACCGUCCUGGCCGUGAGGAUUGCCGGUGUUGUCCAGCUGUGGACAAUGGGCAACUACCACUGGUAUCUGAAGCAGGAACUGCGGUCUGGCUCACCCUGUUCAGACCUGGCUUGGCAUCCCGAAAAACCACUUCGACUUGCAGUGGCUGCAGCGCGCGACCUUGUACAAACGGAAUGGGUCUUUCAUACGUCCAAGGGCUCCGUGGUUGCUCCACACGACUUUGGCGCAGUGGCGGUGAUAGACGGCAAGACGCUGAAGCUGACGCCCUUUCGCACUGUCAACAUGCCGCCACCCAUGGCCAUGUUCGAGCUCUCGGCAGCAGAAAGCAUAGUUGACGUUGCUUUCACCCCCGACAACUCACACAUGGCCGUGCUACACCACCAUGGUGUAGACACCUAUGAGUGGCAGAUCAAGGCUGGUCGGUCACUGGCGCCUAUAAAGGCAGCUUCUGCUACUAUUCGCAGUGAUGCGGAAACAGAGGACAUAUCUUUCCUUCAAGUCGCCUUCUCGAGUCCCCAAGAAUUCUAUGUUCUUGGUUCCAAGCAAGGGUCCCCGAGUAUCUACACAUACGCGCUGGCUAGCGGAGCCGCUAAGCUACUAGCCACCCAGGAUGCUGUCCUCAUUUCAAGCAUACUCGGCUCUGCAAAUGUCUCCUCAGGAUCCAUCUAUGCCCAGGAUCGUACAGGAAAGCUUCUAGAAGUCUCGGAUGAAGGACAAAAGUCACUUCCUUCAAGAUUCGUGACGCACCUGCCGUGGGCUGAGAUCCCCAAGCAAGGCGAUAGCGAGUCCCUCGCCAUCGGCCUGUCCCGGCGCGGACAUCUAUACGUAAACACGCGCCAGUUGGCGAAGAACUGUACAUCAUUCCUCGUCACGGAUGAUCAUCUUAUCUUCACAACCACCAACCAUCUGUUAAAACUGGUCCAUUUAGCCGGCGUCCAUGUAGCAGAUCUUGAGGUGCCGGCGGACGAUCCCGAGACCGACGAGCGGUGCCGAAGCCUCGAGCGUGGUGCAAGGCUUGUCACGGCCGUGCCCAGCAACAUGAAUGUUAUCCUGCAGAUGCCGCGGGGAAAUCUAGAGACUAUCUAUCCCCGUGCCAUGGUUGUGGCUGGCAUACGGCAGCUCAUUGACGACAAGAACUACUCGCGGGCGUUUGCGUACUGCCGAACGCAGCGAGUCGAUAUGAACAUCCUUUACGAUCAUCAGCCCGAACAGUUCCUAUCACACGUUGGUCUGUUUCUAGAGCAGCUGGGAGAUACCAGCUACAUUGAUCUGUUCCUUUCAUCUUUGAGAGCGGAGGAUGUCACGCAGACUAUGUACAAGGACACAAAGAGGCCCAAGAGCUCUGCUCCUGCAUUUCAAAGCGGCGCAGCAGAGGCCCCUGAGUUGGAAGCCAAACGGUCAAAGGUAAACACAGUCUGUGAUGCUGUGCUGGCUGCACUUCAAGCUGGCAAGACAUCAAAUCUGCAGAACAUCAUCACGGCGAACGUCUGCAAAGAUCCGCCUGCGCUAGGCGACGGUCUUUUGGUUGUUGCUGGCCUUAUGAAGGAAGACGAGGCGCUGGCUGAGAAGGCGGUUGAGCACAUAUGUUUUCUGGUCGACGUCAACAGGCUCUACGACACGGCGCUUAGUCUGUACAACCUCGAACUGGCACUUUUGGUGGCUCAACAGUCCCAAAGGGAUCCGAAGGAAUACCUACCCUUCAUCCAGAGCUUGCACCAGAUGCCAGAGCUGCGGCGCCAGUUCACUAUAGACGACCAUCUUGGAAACCGAGAGAAGGCGCUUGGCCACCUCAAGUCCGGCGGCGAAUUUGAGGCGGCCACGGACUACACGGUCAAACACACCCUCUACCAAGCGGCUCUGGGCCUGUACCGGUACGAGGAGGAGCAAUCUCGCGCGCUCAUGGCGCUGUAUGCCCAGCACCUCGAGAACAAGUCCAAAUUCCGCGAGGCCGGGUUGGCGUACGAGCACUUGGGCAACUUCGCCCAGGCGACGAGCUGCUACCGCUCAGCCGGCACGUCGAGCUGGCGCGAGUGCCUGGCGGCGGCGCACCAGCAGCGCGGCCCGGCCCCGGUCUCCAAGGAGGCGCUGGCCGAGCUGGCGACGGCGCUGGCCGACGCGCUGGCCGAGGCCAAGGACUACGCCGCCGCCGCCGCCAUCCACCUCGAGUACCUGCACGACGCCGAGGCGGCGGUGCAGUACCUGUGCAAGGGCCACCUGUUCGCCGAGGCGCUCCUCCUCAACGCGCGCUCGGGCGGCUCGCUCGACGUGGACCGCGGGCUCACCGACGCCUUCGCGGCCUCGACGGAGCUGCUGGCUGACUGCAAGGCGCAGCUCCGGGCGCAGGUGCCACGAAUCCUAGAGCUGCGGCGCAAGGCGGCCGAGGACCCGCUCGGCUUCUACGAGGGCGAGCGCGCCGGGGGAGGCGGUGACGUGCCCGACGACGUGUCGGUGGCGGCCUCGUCGCGCCUCAGCACCAGCGCCAGCCUCUUCACGCGCUACACGGGCAAGGACGGCGCCGGCGGCAGCGUCGGCACGGCGGGCACGGGCGUCAGCCGCGCCACAAGCAAGAACCGCCGGCGCGAGGAGAAGAAGCGCGCGCGCGGCCGCAAGGGCACCGUCUACGAGGAGGAGUACCUCGUCAACAGCGUCCGGCGGCUCGUCGAGCGCGUCUCGUCGGCGGAGGCCGACGGCGUCGCGGCUCUCGCGGCCGCCCUGUUCCGCAGGGGCAUGCAGGAGCAGGCCAGGGCCGUCGAGGCGCUGCUGGCAGAGGUGCUCGAGGGCUGCCGCGUGGCCGCCGCGCAGGUCUGGCCGCCCGUGGUGGUGGGUGGCGGGCAGCAGCCUGCCAGUGCGCAGGCUCCUACUGCUACUGCAGCGGCGCCGGCUACGGGGGCCGAGGGGGUGAUGGAGGCUUCGUUGGAGGCCAUGGCUACCAGGCAGGAGCCGCCCGUGAUUCCGGACAUUAAGAAGCUAUCUCUGCUCGGCUGA